AUGUCGUCGUCACUCGACACCGACGUGCUCAUCAUCGGAGCCGGCAUGUCAGGCAUCGGCUUCGCCAUCCAGCUGCAGAAGAAGUAUCCCUGGGCAAGCUUCGAGAUCGUCGAGAAGUCCGACGACCUGGGCGGCACGUGGUGGGCGAACACGUACCCCGGAUGUGGCUGCGACGUGGCCUCGCACUUCUACUCGUACUCCUUCGCCCUCAAGCCGGACUGGACGAGGAAGUUCGCCCUCCAGCCCGAGAUCGUGGCAUACUUCCGCGAUGUCGCCCAGCAGCACGACAUCCCCCGACACAUCUCGUUCCGGUCGACGGUCCAGAAGGCCGAGUUCGACGAGAGCACUGGUACGUGGCUGACCACCAUCUUGGACCAGAAGACUGGCCAGGUCCGGCACAGACGCUCCCGGGUCCUGAUUGCGGCCGUUGGUGCGCUUUCGGUGCCUAAGGGGUGUGAGAUCAAGGGUGCAGAGCGGUACCAGGGGAGAAUGUUCCAUUCUGCUCAGUGGGAUCAUUCGUUUGACUGGACGGAUAAGGAUGUCGUUGUCAUCGGCAAUGGCUGCAGUGCUACUCAGUUCGUCCCCAUCCUGUCCAACGGCACCAACGGCGACGCCUAUCACGGCAAAGCAAGAGGCAAAGCCAGAAAAGUCGUCCAAUUCAGCCGGCAGCCUCACUGGAUCGCCGAGCGGCCCAACCCGGUGUACUCGCCGGCCUUCAAGUGGACGAUGCGCUACGUGCCUCUGGCCAUGCGUCUGUACCGAUUCUACCUGUACGCGCUCAUGGAGUACGACUUCUUCGGGUUCGACAUUGCCAACGGCCGGAAGAUCCGCGAGGCCCUGACGCGCGAGCGCAUCGAGUACAUGAAGCGCACGGCACCGGCGAAAUACCACGCAGCGCUGACGCCGACGACAGAGAUUGGGUGCAAACGCAAGGUCAUGGACACGGAUUACUAUGCCUGUCUGCACAAUGAGAACAUGGAGCUCGUCCACGACGAUCCCAUCGAGGAGGUCACCGAGACUGGCGUGCGGACGAGGUCUGGUCGCGAAGUGUAUGCGGAUGCAAUCAUCCUUGCGAAUGGGUUCCAGACUCAGCGAGUCCUGUACCCGCUUGAUAUCAGGGGAGAGGGGGGUGUAUCCCUUACUGAGCAUUGGAAUACAUUCUCGUCCGGCGCAGCACAAGCUUACUACGGCACCUGCAUCUCCUCGUUCCCGAACUUCUUCGUCAUGAUGGGCCCCAACACAGCGACGGGCCAUCUGUCAGUCAUCUAUACGACCGAAUGCCAGAUCAACUUCACCUUGCGGGUUCUGAAACCGAUCCUGCAGCCGUCAUCACCGCUAGUAUCGUUCUUAACCAGUCCGCUCAAGCAUCUACUUUUCUACCCCGUCUCCGCCGCCGACACCGUCGCUGUGACGGCCGACGCCGAGCGACGUGACAACGACUGGAUCCAGCGCGAAUCCGCCCGUCUCGUCUGGGCCUCGGGCUGCACGAGCUGGUACAUCGACCACACGGGCCGCAACACAAUGCUCUACCCGGACUGGCAGUUCAAGUACUGGUUGCGGAGCAUCUUCAUCCCGCUGUCGCGCGACUUUGUCUUCCGGACGAGUCCGAAGAGGGUGGCUCCGCCUGCCCCUGCUGGUGGUCGUCGACGUCGUAGUCGAGAGGGUCUCUCUGCUGCAACGACUGCCGUGGCGACAUUGACUUCAGGAGUAGGAGUGGCUAUUGGUGUGGGCAUCCUGCUCGGUGUCAUCAAGGUGUCUGAUAUCGUCGACGGGGCAGAUCGCCUGGCAGACCACCUGGCAGGACUGAAGAGCUGGGCGGUACAGGGAGUACGGAGCGUUGCUAUAUCAAGUCCAACAAGCUGGAAGGCUUGA